CUCGUCUGGGAGCGGCGUGACCAGCUCAGACGAGCGCGGGACUCGCUAUACUUGACCGCGUGCCCGCGCGAUGCGCGCACGCAAGCUGGCAGCCAGUCGCCGACCCUGCACGACCCCCUAUCCCGCGGUGCAACGGCGUCGUUAGGACCUAUCGUCUGCCCAAAGUGGCCUCACUGCAAACGCGCCGCCCUCACCCGUUUCCGCCCUCGACCGCGCCGCAACUUGAACGACGGCAACACGACGCACCGAACUUGAACGCACCGCACCGCACUUGAACGACCGCUGAACGCGCCGCACUUCAACGACCGCAACCCCGCGAUGCGCAUGCGCUGCUCCUCGCUCCCCUCUCGCGGCUCCCCCGAGCCUCCCCUGCCAUAAUGUGGCGCCGCAUCUACUUCCUGCUGGUGCUGGUGCGCGUCUACUUUGCCCUGUCGCCCAGCUACCUGCACCCGGACGAGAACUUCCAGGGCCCGGAGGUGAUUGCCGGCCGCGUCUUCGACUACCCCGUGCACGAGACGUGGGAGUUCACCGCCGCGCACCCCAUCCGCAGCGUCUUCCCGCUGUGGCUGGCGUACGGCUGGCCCAUGUACAUCCUGCGCUGGCUGUGGGAGGGCUUCGGCUACGACGUGUCGCCGGCCGUCGUCUACCGCGCCCUGCGCGUGCUGAUGCUCGCCCUGAGCCUCGUGCUGGAGGACUGGGCCGUCCACGAGCUGGUCGAGUCGCCGCGCGCCCGCCGCGUCGCCGUGUCGCUCGUCGCCUCGUCGUACGUCACCUGGACCUUCCAGACGCACACCUUCAGCAACAGCCUGGAGACGCUGCUGGUGUGCUGGAGCCUGGUGCUGGUGCAGCGCAUUGCAGCCGACAAGAAACGCUCCAGCGUCGUCGCCUCAGCCAUGCUCGGCUGCAUGCUCGUCGUCGGCCUCUUCAACCGCAUCACCUUCCCGGCCUUCCUGCUGCUCCCCGGCCUCCGCCUGCUGCCGCACUUCACGCGCAAGCCGCUCUCGCUCGCCUUCCUCGCCGCCGCCGCGCUCACCACCGCCUUCGUCGCCGUCUGCGUCGACACCGCGUCCUACACCCCGGGCGACUUCUCCUUCGCCGCCCUGGCCCGCCCCGUCGUCGCCCCGCUCAACAACCUGCGCUACAACGCCGACGCCGCCAACCUCGCCCUCCACGGCCUGCACCCGCGCUACCAGCACCUCCUCGCCAACCUCCCGCAACUCCUCGGCCCCGCCUUCCCGCUCCUCCUCAGCGCCCGCCUCGCCCCACCACUCCUCUCCGCGCUCUCCGGCACCGCCCUGCUCAGCAUCUUCCCGCACCAAGAACCCCGCUUCCUGCUCCCCGCGAUCCCGCUGAUCCUGUCGUCGCUCCGGCUCCCGACCCGCCCCGCGCUGUGGCGCGUCUGGGUGGUCUCCUGGAUCGUGUUCAACGCGCUGCUCGGCGCGCUGAUGGGGGUAUAUCACCAGGGCGGCGUGGUGCCCGUGCAGACGCACCUCGCGGCGUGCGCGAGCCCGCCCGGCCACGCGUUCUGGUGGAAGACGUAUAGUCCGCCGACGUGGCUGCUGAACGGGCGCAACGCGGAGUUGCAGACGGUGGAUUUGAUGGGCAUGGAGGCGGGAAGGAUGUUGGAGGCUGUGGGCGCGGUGGUGCCGGGGUGCGAUGUCGCUUCACCCGCUGGACGUCCUGAGACCCCUGCGAGUCUGAAACCAAUCUACCUCAUAGCCCCGCGCUCCGCGCUCUUCCUAGCACCCUACACACACCCUAACACCUCGCUCCCCCUCUCGCUCGAGGAAGUGUUCGCCCAUCGCGCGCAUGUGAACCUGGAUGAUCUGGACUUUGGCGGCGAGGGGGUGUGGGGUACGCUGAGGAGGGUGGUGGGGGGGAGGGGACCCUUCCAACUCCCAACCCAACACAACCACCCAACCUACGCAGCCCUAAACCUCCCCCCGGCGAGCACAUCCGUCAUAUUCCUGCCCCCCUCCUCGCACCCGGGAACCGGCACCGCCCUCGUCCCCUCCUCCUCUCCCUCACCCACCCCCGCCUCAUCUCUCCCCACCUCACCCCGCCUCUCCCUCCCCGCCGCCUGGCCAUACUUUUUCCGCCUCGCCACCUCCGUCUCGCCCAGCAACCACGCCUGA